AGUAAAGAACUAUUUAUUACAGGCUAUUGAUCAAACCAUUUUGGAAACCAUUCUUUAGAAGGACACUGCGAAGCAGAUUUGGGACUCAAUGAAGAAGAAGUACGAAGGAAAUGCAAGAGUGAAGCGGUCAAUUCUUCAAGCUCUUCGUAAAGAGUUUGAAACCUUAGAGAUGAAGUCAGGUGAGAAAGUUUCAGUUUACUUCUCAAGGAUGAUGUAUGUGGCUAAUAAAAUGAGGGUGCAUGGUGAACGAAUGGUUGAUGUUACAAUUAUGGAGAAAAUACUUCGAUCCUUAACAUACAAGUUUAAUUACAUUGUUUGUUCUAUUGAGGAGUCGAAGGAUAUUGACAGUCUAUCCAUUGAUGAGUUGCAAAGCUCUUUAAUUGUUCACGAGCAGAAGUUUCACAAGCAUGAUAGAGAAGAACAAGCCUUGAAAGUAACUCAUGAGGAGAGAUCAGGAGGAUGA